GGAACCCGCCCCGCCCGGGAGGCCCCGCCCCGCCCCAGGAGGCUCCGCCCGGGGACGUGGCCGGGACGCAGCAUGCUGGACUUCGUCAUCUUCGCCGCCACCUUCUUGCUGGUUCUGGUGGGGGCCGUGCUCUACCUCUACCCGGCUUCCAGACAAGCUUCGGGUAUCCCCGGAUUGACUCCAACUGAUGAAAAAGAUGGGAACCUGCCGGACAUUAUCGCCAGCGGCAGCUUGCACGAGUUCCUGGUACAUCUUCACGAGAAGUACGGCCCUGUUGCCUCCUACUGGUUUGGGCGGCAUCUCGUCAUCAGCUUGGGGUCCAUCGAUGUCCUGAGGCAGCAUAUCAACCCCAACAGGACAUGUGACCCUGAAAACCCACAACAGCCAGUCAGCCAGGUCUCCUCAAUAGCUUUGAAGGGUAAUACAAUUUAUCUAUUUAUUUUUCUUCAGAUAUGGGCAGAAAUUGGAAAAGGGUUCUUGGAUGGCUCACUUGACAAAAGCGUGACCAGAAAAAAGAUGUAUGAAAAUGCUCUGAUGGAGAUGGAGCUGGUGUUGAAGAAAGUCAUCAAAGAGAGACAGGGCAGAAGCUUCAAUCGGCAUAUCUUCAUUGACUCUUUGCUGCAGGGCAACCAGAGUGACAAGCAGGUAUUGGAAGACACUAUGAUAUUCUCCCUGGCAGGAUCCAUAAUCACGGCCAAGUUGUGCACUUGGGCUGUGUACUUCUUGACAUCUUCCAAAGACGUUCAACAAAAACUUUACAAGGAGAUGGACCAAGUUCUUGGAAAGGGCCCGAUCACAUGCGCCAAAAUCGAGCAGCUCAGAUAUUGCCGGCAGGUUCUGUGUGAGACAGUGAGGACGUCAAAACUGACGCCAAUUGCUGCACAACUUCAGGAGCUGGAGGGCAAGGUUGACCAACACAUUAUUCCAAAGGAGACUCUGGUGCUGUACGCUCUCGGAGUGGUGUUGCAAGACAGCUCAGCCUGGCCGCUGCCCUACAAAUUUGAUCCCGAUAGAUUCAGUGAUGAAACUGCCGUGAAAAACCUUUCUCUCCUAGGCUUUUCAGGGAGUCAGGAGUGCCCUGAGCUGAGGUUUGCCUACAUGGUAGCUACUGUGUUGCUGAGUGUGGUGGUCAGGAAACUGCACCUGCACCCUGUGGAAGGACAAGUUAUAGACACCAAGUACGAGCUAGUCACCACACCGAAGGAGGAAGCGUGGAUAACUGUGUCCAAGAGGAACUAAGGCAAAGUGGGGAACCCUUCCUCACACGAAGAGCCAUUUGGCACCACUCCCUGCCUUCUAGCAUCUUACUCAUUCUGAAUCCACCGAUUCAGCCCUUUUCUCUCCUCCUUUAACAACAAGAUCAGGUUAUCUUGUACUAUGAAUGUACUCUGAGAUGUAGAAGUAAUGCAGGAGGAGAAUAGUAUAGGCUAACAAAUAUUAUAGGCCGUCCAUCUUCCUUCCACUCCCAUGCCUUCUGAUCUGGAAGUCCUUACCUCUCUUUACAUGUGUGAUUGGCCCAUUUUGAGGACUCUGCACCUGCCCGUAAGAACUCUUUUUUUUCUAUAGGACAGACCUUUUUACUUGCUUGAGGGAACUACUUGUUCAGCAUAGAGCCCUUGGAGAGAGGCAAAUGCGUUUGAGGGCUAAAUCCCAACGAGGUUUGGCUCCAAAUUAAAGCUUGGUUUUGCUUACCAGAAAUAAUAAAGGCUUCAAGAAUGUCCUUUCGCCAAGCUAAGGCGGAGAUCAGGAGCACAUUUUUCAUGAAUAAAGGUGUGAAACUUG